GAAGGGUGGGAGGCCCCAGCGGUUCGGCCCGGGCUCCACGACGGGCUCGCCCGGGCUCAGGGCGUGUCCGUCGCCGCCUGGCUGCUCGCUCGACACUGUUCGCUCCUACCGGCUGUAGAUGGAGCUGUCUGGGUUCCGGCAGCCUCCGACGAGCCUCGGAGUGUUUCUCUUUAAACGGCCUGAGAGGGACAUGCCUCCCAGGAUGCAGUUUGUAUCAACAUGGCAGCUGCUGUGCAGCUCCCCUGCUGAAGAGGCGCCGGGACGGCAGCGCAGCUCGCAGCCGGGGCCGGGGCCGCAGCCAGGGUCGCAGCUGCGGCCGCAGAGGGGUGGCGCGCGGGCCGGGGGCUGCUGCUGAGGGCCGGGGCCCAGCUCGCGGCCGGGGCGCAGCCGGCCGGGCCGCCCGUACCGCCGCGCGCCCCGCUCCGACGCCGCCGCCUGAGCUCGGCGGCUCGGUGCCCGCCAGCCCCGCGCGCCCCGAGCAGGCCGGGGCCCGACGGCCGCGCGCGAGCCCCGGCGGGGAAGGCUGGGCCGAGCCGGCGCCGCCUGCGGAGGGGACUGGGCGGCCGGGCCUGUGUGGGGGCCGCGCACGGCGGCAGCGGCGGCGGCGGCGGCGGCGACUCCCGGGGCCCGGCCGGACAGCACAGGGCCAUGGCCGAGGCGGCCCCGGCUCCGGUGAGGGCGGCCCGCGCGCGCACGGACGCGCGGCCCCGGGCCCCCGGGGACGGCCUGCGUGUCCCGGGCUCGGCGUCCCGGCCUGGGGUCUCGGCCCAGCAGCUGGACAUGGAGAAGCAACGCUCGUCCCCGCUGUCAUUCCCCAGUCUGCCACCAGAAGAACCUCUACGUCAGGCCCCCGCUGGACUCGCCCGAGAAACACUGUUCCAAUCCCGCCUUCUUCCCCCAAAAGAAACCCCGCCUUUGUCUCCCACCGUCGCCCAGCAAAGUGCCCUACCCCAGACUUCCGGUGUUCCCAAGCAAGAGACUUCUGGCCGGAUACCACCUGUUUACCAGAAGGGACCUGCACUCCUGUGCCCUGCCACAUCUGAGCAUGAGCCGCCCCUGCAGGGGUCCCUGGCUGCCCAGGACGAGACCCAGUAUCCUCCCCCAGCUGCCACGGAGCAGGACAUCUCCCUGCUGUCUCACUCCGCUCACCAUUCAGAAGCCCCCCUCUCCUCCCCUGAAGCUCCUGAGAAAGACCACCUGACACUCUCCCCAACAGCCCCUGAGACUGACAUGGACCCUCUGUUGCAGAGCCCAGCUUCCCAAAAAGACACCCCUUUCCAGCUCUCCUCAGCAGCCCAGAAGGAGCAGCCACUGCCCACAGCAGAGAUCACCCGCUUGGCCGUGUGGGCUGCCGUCCAAGCGGUCGAGAGGAAACUGGAGGCCCAGGCCAUGAGGCUGCUGACCUUGGAGGGCCGGACAGGGACUAACGAAAAGAAGAUAGCCGACUGUGAGAAGACAGCUGUGGAGUUUGCAAACCACCUGGAGAGCAAGUGGGUCGUCCUGGGCACACUGCUGCAGGAGUACGGGCUGCUGCAGCGGCGCCUGGAGAACAUGGAGAACCUGCUCAAAAACAGAAACUUCUGGAUCCUGCGGCUGCCCCCUGGCAGCAAUGGAGAAGUUCCCAAGGUCCCUGUGACAUUCGAUGACGUUGCUGUCCAUUUCUCGGAGCAAGAGUGGGGAAACUUGUCCGAGUGGCAGAAGGAGCUCUACAAGAACGUGAUGAGGGGCAACUACGAAUCUCUAGUCUCCAUGGACUAUGCAAUAUCCAAACCAGACCUCAUGUCACAGAUGGAGCGCGGGGAGAGGCCAACCGUGCAGGAGCAGGAAGACUCCGAGGAGGGCGAGACGCCUACAGAUCCCAGUACUGCACACGACGGCAUCGUGAUUAAGAUCGAAGUGCAGACCAACGACGAGGACCCCGAGAGCCUGGAGACGCCAGAGCCCCUGACUGGACAAGUGGAGGAACAUGGCUUUCCAGACUCGGAGCUGGGGGACCCCUGCGGGGAGCAGCCGGACCUGGACAUGGCGGAGCAGGAGAACACGCUGGAGGAGUCCACAGAAGGCUCGAGCGAGUUCAGCGAGCUCAAGCAGAUGCUGGUGCAGCAGAGGAGCUGUGCAGAAGGCAUAGUGAUCAAGACGGAGGAGCAGGAAGAGGAGGAGGAAGAGGAGGAGGAGGAAGAGCUCCCCCCGCACCUCCAGUCCCUGGGCCAGCUGUCGGGAAGAUACGACGCCAGCCUCUAUCAGACCCCGCUGCCUGGGGAGAUGUCCCCAGAGGGCGAGGAGAGCCCCCCACCCCUGCCGCUGGGCAACCCCACAGUGAAGAGGCUGGCGCCUUCGGUGCGCGGCGAGCGGCACCACAGCGACAACCGCGGGUCGUCGAGUCAGCAGCAGCGGAACCGGCGCGGCGAGCGGCCCUUCACGUGCAUGGAGUGCGGCAAGAGCUUCCGGCUCAAGAUCAACCUCAUCAUCCACCAGCGCAACCACAUCAAGGAGGGGCCCUACGAGUGCGCCGAGUGCGAGAUCAGCUUCCGGCACAAGCAGCAGCUCACGCUGCACCAGCGCAUCCACCGCGUGCGCGGGGGCUACGCCUCGCCCGAGCGCGGGCCCUCCUUCAACCCCAAGCAUGCGCUCAAGCCGCGCCCCAAGUCCCCCAGCUCCGUCAGCGGCGGUGGCGGCCCCAAGCCCUACAAGUGCGCCGAGUGCGACAGCAGCUUCAGCCACAAGUCGAGCCUGACCAAGCACCAGAUCACUCACACGGGCGAGCGGCCCUACACGUGCCCAGAGUGCAAGAAGAGCUUCCGCCUCCACAUCAGCCUGGUGAUCCACCAGCGUGUGCACGCCGGAAAGCACGAGGUCUCCUUCAUCUGCAGCCUGUGCGGCAAGAGCUUCAGCCGCCCGUCGCACCUGCUGCGCCACCAGCGGACUCACACGGGUGAGCGGCCCUUCAAGUGCCCCGAGUGCGAGAAAAGCUUCAGCGAGAAGUCCAAGCUCACCAACCACUGCCGGGUGCACUCGCGCGAGCGGCCGCACGCCUGUCCGGAGUGCGGCAAGAGCUUCAUCCGCAAGCAUCACCUGCUGGAGCACCGGCGCAUCCACACGGGCGAGCGGCCCUACCACUGCGCCGAGUGCGGCAAGCGCUUCACGCAGAAGCACCACCUGUUGGAGCACCAACGCGCGCACACGGGCGAGCGGCCCUACCCCUGUACGCACUGCGCCAAGUGCUUCCGCUACAAGCAGUCGCUCAAGUACCACCUGCGGACCCACACGGGCGAGUGAGCGAGCGCCCCGCCGCCGCCAGCCACCCAGCGGCCAGGUGCGUGCGCCCGGCCCCCCAGCUCGGACACCGGAGAGCCAGCGUGCCAGGCCCUGACCCAGCUGGCGGAGGCGGGGCGCCCUGGAGUCUUGCUGUGAGCCUCCCGUCCCCCUUUCAUCCCUUCCCCCAAGGACCUGGAGGUAGUGACACCAGGUCCCUUGCUGCCGUGUUUCCCCCGGGGGCUCCAGGGGCGGGGGGGAGAGUGAGGUGGGGGGGCCUGGGGAACCCCCCCCCCCCUUUCAGGCUGUUCAUUUCCUUGACAAUAAAAUGGAUGAAGUCAAUCAGCACGGGAGUGAUUUGGCCGCCGGCCAGUCGGAGGGGCUGUGCAGGACCUCUUAGUUGGGCAUAGAACUUUAUAAUUACCUUUUGGAUACUGUGGUUCUAUUUGAUAAUAAUAGAGUAAUUUUUAAAAGA